GGUAGGGGCGCAGCGUUGAGCUGCGGGAGGAGGUGCUCGCCGGCUCUUUGCCGGAUUCGCUGGCUGGCUGCAACAUGGCGAGUGGUGGUGGUGCCGCUGGAAGCCGGGCUCGGCCGGCAGCAGUUUGCAGUCGCCGCUGCCUCUCGCACGUUGCCAGCCGUCGGCACAAGUUAUGAUGCCGGAAAAUGGAUAAGUCUUCGGGCGCGUCUGAUAUCAAAUGGAGCUCGGUGUCUUUACCGCUGGACAUGAUCGUCGGCAAAUUUCGGUUACCGACCCUGGCACGGCUGAGCCAAGGAGAAUACAUUGAAGGAUUGACCGAGCAGGAUCUACUCCUAAUCCACUCAUGUAGACAGUGGACUACAGUGACAGCUCACAGCUUGGAAGAAGGACACUAUGUGAUUGGACCAAAGAUUGAUAUCCCUUUACAAUACCUAGGGAAGUUUAAACUGCUGGAGCAAGAUCGAGAUGUAAGGGAGCCCGUGCAGUACUUUAACAGCAUUGAGGAAGUGGCCAAUGUUUUUCCAGACCGUGUUUUUGUUAUGGAAGCAAUAACAUUCAGCGGUAAAUGGUCAGUGGUCUCUGGUGAAUUCAGCGAGGACAGUGAGGUGUAUAAUUUUACACUGCACGCUGGUGAUGAGCUGACACUGAUGGGCCAGGCCGAGAUCCUCUGUGCCAAGACCGUGAAAGAAAAGUCCCGCUUUAACACAAUCUUGCGGAAGCUGGGUAAGGGCAGCACUUUGAGCAAACAGAUCAAGGGCAAGAUGCCGUGCCUCAUCUGCAUGAACCACAGGACUAACGAGAGCCUCAGCCUUCCCUUCCAGUGCCGAGGAAAGUUCAGCACUCGCAGUCCCCUUGAGAUCCAGAUGCAGGAAGGAGAGCAUACAAUCCGCAGUAUUAUCGAAAAGGUCCGGCUACCAGUCAACGUCACCGUUCCUUCUCGUUCACCCCGCAAUUCUUAUGAUCUUCAUUGCAUCCGUGAAGGGCAUCGCUAUAAGCUGGUCAGCAUCAUAUCAAGGACUGUAGUCUUGUGCUGCAUCAUUCGCAAGGAUGACAUUAUCCCAUUGCACUUUCUGCUGCUUUCUGAUAUGCCCAGGUUUGUGCUCCCUGAAGGGCUAAUAAGGGGCAACCCCAUGUAUGAGAAGUUAGUCCAAGAGAUAACUUUGUUCAGCCAGGAGCAUUUCAAUGCUGACGAGUACUCAAAGGCGGUCCGAGAGGUCAAGACGGACUUUACGGAUGACUGCACCAGUCCAAGGAGGAUCCGGGUUUGUUUGCAGGGAUACUCGGCCAAUUCACUGAACUAUGCCCGAGAGGAACUAACCCAGUCGUUUCAAAGGCUCUCUAUGUGUGCUUUCAGCGGUGCUGUGUUACAUAGCAAUGGGGAAGUUACCUUUCAGGGUUGCCGUAAUUCUAUCGGGGAACAACAAAUUAUGCCACAUGAGUUACUGACUCCGCCGGAGGUGGUUGAUGUGGAUGGAGAGUACAUGACUCCUGAUUGGGCAGAAAGUUAUUUUAGGACUCGGGAGCAACCAGAGAUUCCCUAUGAGGAACUGUGGAGCAAUCAAAUCCCAGAUAGUUCAAAGGAUUCCUGUGGCAGGUUGACAGAAACUGAGAAUAAAACUCAACAGAAUUCUGUUUCCUUCUACUCUCACUCUUCCUCGUCCUUGCAUGAGGAUCCUGUUUUUUCAUCACAGUUGGCUAUUUUACAAAGAGGAGAGUCCAGUGUGCCAAGUCCACCUCCAGUGCCUCCAAAAUCAGAAGCUGUGAAAGAGGAAUGUCGACUUCUAAAUGCUCCCCCUAUUCCGCCACGGGGUACUAAAGGUGCUCUGACACCAAGUCCACCGGUUCCACCUCGAUUUGCAAAAUCACAGCUCCAGCAAGCCCAUUCACCAAGUCCUAGCCUGUCUUAUUACUCAUCAGGUCUUCAUGAGAUUUCUGGAACCCGCAGUGGCAGCUGCUCACCAUCUCCAGACUCUUAUUCCCUUUACUGUUAUCCAUGCACGUGGGGAGACUGCAAGACUACAGAUUCUUCCAACCGUCCAUUGUCGGGGAAUAUUUCAUCGAAUAGCCAGAAUGUACAGACUUCCUGGUCCGAUCCAUGGGGAUAUUCGGACAGUGUUCAAAGUGUGAUCAGUGGGCGAUCCACACCAAAAUUAUCUGGCGAUACUGCCUUCAGAAGUUAUUAUAGUUGUCCUCGAUUGAAGCCACCAAGCUCUCAGAAACGGUUUGCUCCUUUUGGGGCAUUGAAUCCAUUUGCCAACUCUACCUACUCGUCCAGUCCAUCAGCAACAGAUUGGUUAGAAUCUUCUGAUCAUUACAAGUCUCCAUCUGUUACAUCGGAGCACUUUGAUUCAAUUGAUCUUACUGUCAGCCGUAGCACUUCGCCUGAUCCAGCCUCUGGAGACCCAAGGUACAAUCAGGAGUAUAGGCACUGUGUACAGGAUUCGUUGUACAAACAGUCUGAGAGCAUAUCUUGUCCUGUCCCACCACCACGGCCUCCAAAAGUUUGUGAUUCAGACAAUAUCAUCAUCCGAAGUACAGCUUCUCUUUCUCCCACUGUUGUGAGAGGUGCUGAGGGUGGUGUUACAAGGGUCUAUCUCACCCAGGGUGUUAUAGAAGUCCCUCCAGCAUCAUCUAGGAGUAAUGCAGAGAUAGCUGUCUCCCUCCCUUCAUCUAAUACACCAGGUAUACCCAGGUUAAAUGGUAGUGACUUGUACUGGCACCCACCAUCUGACUUAUCUACUCUUUCUAUGGAGGAAGUCUCCAAAUGCUUAAGAUUCAUUGGCCUUUCAGAGGAUGUGGUGACGUUCUUCGUCCGUGAACGCAUUGAUGGAAAUAUUUUUGUUCAGCUGACUGAGGAGAUUCUAUCUGAUGAUUUUAAACUCACAAAACUACAAGUGAAAAAGAUCAUGCAGUUUAUCAAAGGCUGGAGACCGAAGAUUUAACCUAAUUCCUUGUUUAGUUAAGUGGGUUAAGGUUUAACUCUUUAACUCGUAGAAGAACCUUCUGAUAAUUUUAAAGAUUUUCUUUGAACAGCACCUCCAGACGUUUAAAGUGAUCCAAAAUAUUUGUUGGUAGUUUAUGUAGUGUCGUGUGAAGUAUGUGUUAUCAAAUUGUAGUAUCUAUUGUAGCUGACGUGCACUCUCCUAUCCUUUCCCUUCAAAUUAUCAAAAGUAUUAGCUGCACAAUUUAGUAGGUACAAAUAUGAGUUAAAGAGUUAAAUUAUUGUUGAACUGCAGUUAAUGCUGCCUUAUUGGAACUUGAAUAGUCUAAGUUAUGGAAACUUCAGCCUCUGUUUAUUCAAACUCAGUCAGUUUCCAUAAAUGUUUAAAGUGCUUCAACACUGGAAUGCUGAAACACAGUUUCCAUUUCUUUUAUUUUUAAUCAGUUAACUUCUACUGUUAGUGUUACUAAGGACAAAUUAGGUUAAUGGUGGAUAAAUUCCUUCUAACAUUUACAGUUUGAACUAAUAAAACUGUGAGAUUCUAUUAAAGAAACAUUUUUGUGUUACCUAUAAUUUUUUUUCCGCACCUGUGGGUUCCACAAUCCUUCCCUAACCAAACAGAGAAAGCCCAGGAAAAUGAUCAUAGUUGGUAGAUCUUGUGCAGCAUGUAGUUAUUAUUGAAAGCUAGAAGGAAAAAAUAAGGCACACAUCUGUGAGGAAAAAUGCAGUUGCCCUUUGCUGUAGUACACUACAUAUGCCUAUAAUUUAGUACAUUGUUUAAGCCAGUAAUUUGAUCUAAAAAUGUACCAUACUAAUCACUACUGUCUUAAAUCUGUAUAGUCUGUUAUUUGUGGAGGACAACUCUUAAUUAUACUGUUUAAUGGUUUUGGUUUCUUUCAACUAAUUUUUUUGGGAGAUUUCUGUAUAUUUAUGGACAAGCAAAUUUUCUCAUUGUAGCUGUUGUUGAUAUAAUUUUCUUUUUUAACAAUGGAAGUUGAUAAUACUAUGAUUGUACGGAAAUGCCCGUUUAUGCAUAAUUUAAUCUAUACAAACCAAUACAGAUAAUACAUGACAAAAAACAA